AUGGUUUCUACACAUACCCAGCAGUAUAUAACAGAUUUUGUACCAAAUACGGCUGAUGGCAAAAGCCCACUGGCUAUGCUAGCCAAAACAUGUGAAACGAUAGGCUUACCUGAUGUUCCACUAAUGAAGAAAAGCCCUGCACUCAGCUCGGACGGAAAAUCCUCCAUGGGUGCAAGUCCUGACCUCUCAUUAAAAGGAAAGUCUGAGUCGCCGAAUGAUAAAAAACGGGAACGAUGUUCACCAAGGGCCACUCCUUCCACAUCUAAGUCAGAGCCACUAACAUCUACCUCAAUGCCAGCUUUGACAGCAGUAGGAAAAGCACCUUUUGGAGCUCUCGGAUUCCAUACCGCAUUUCCUUUCUAUCCUGGAGCAACAAUGAUGAACCCGUUCGCUAUGCAUACCGCCGCUUUUCCCGGCUUCGGUAUGGCUCAUGCACCUCAAGCAUACAUGAACGCUCGAGUUCCAUGCCCCGCAGCUAUUAUGCGUCAACCAUGUAUCACUCCUGGUUGUUCAACUUGCUCAACACCCGGACCAUCAGCUACUGAUAUGUUUGCUAAUCCAUUAUUCUCAGCUUAUGCUGCUAUGAUGCCAACUGUUUCUGGAGCAAGUGGUCCAGCCGGUAUCUCUUCUUAUCAAGCACUUCUGGCAUCCGCUGCUGCUGCUGCAUCCGCCAAUGCCGCCGCUGUCGCAAGCUGCACACCUUCAGUUACAACACCUACUCCCGGAUCUGUUUCUUCAAGCUGUUCAUCAUCAUCACAUGUGAAACAUACAUGCAGCUGGAUGGACAGUACAACUGGAAUGUGUGGAAAACAGUUUGCUACAACUGACGAACUCACAAAUCACAUGAAGAAUCACGCAAUAGCAUCUGUCAACAUCUCAUCCACCGCUCCAAGUCCCGUUCCCAGCUCAUCAUCUUCUGUCAGUAUGAGCACCCCUGAUAAAAUCUCCAAUGGCAAAAUGAGUAGCAGUGCUGGAAACACUCCCAAUAUGCGCUUCAACCCAUACGGAAAAUCUGUUGCUCCAGGAAUGAUGGCUCCGGCUGGUGCUGCCGUAGCCGCUGCUGCUGCAGCAGCCGCAGGAAUGCCAUCCAUGACACCGAUGGCUUUUAACCCCAUGGCUUUACAUGCGAUGUAUGCUCAACGUAUGAUGACGAUGCCUCAUCCUUGA